AUGGAACAAAAUGGAUGCAGCUUAUUAAUAAAAAAUUUAAGCUUCCACACUAGUCCAGAAAAAAUAAGAAAAAUCUUCCAAAGCUUUGGAAAAGUACGAGAUGUUUAUUUACCCCUAGACCAUUACACAAGGAGGCCGAGAGGCUUCGGUUUCGUAGAAUAUUACGAACCCCAGUAUGCAAAAGAAGCCUUGACCAUUUUAAACCAUUCUAAAAUAGACGGUAAUGAAGUCAACAUAAUCAUUGCUCAGAACAGGAGGAAGUCGCCAGAGACGAUGAAGAGGUACCAACAGAUUGCACGUAAGGGUGAUAGGUGGUCGUACAAGGGGCAUCCUCCUUAUCGGAGUGAAAGUAAAGGCAAAAUCAUUCACAGAAGAAGAGAUACAUCCAGUGAAGAAGAAGAGGAAGGGAGAGGCAAAUGUUACCAAAGUAUGAGUCGUUACCAAAGUAAGAGUCGUAUAAUGCAUAAAAUGAGCAAAAAGGAGAAAAGAUUGAAGAGGAAAAAAGUGGCUCGCAGAUAUUGUCGGUCUCGUAAAAAGUACUCGGAAAGCGCUUCUACCUACAGUGCGUCUUCCUCGUACCGUUCGUCCUACAGCAGGGGGAGUAAUCGUCGAAGCAAUCGAAGACGACGACCUCGUCGACGAAGUGGAAGUCGACGCUGGAAGCGAGACGCUGUAAGAAGUACGAGCAGAACCAUUAGUUACAGCACCAGUUACAGCGCCAGCAGCUACGAAAGCGACAAAGGGAGAAGAAGAACAACCAAAAGGAAAAACCCAAGACGGAGACAAAGAAAAGGCGAAAAAGAAGCAACCACCAAAGUUGUGAAGAAGCAAAGCAGCGAGACCUUCAGUAGAAGCGUCAGUCUGAGUAACAGCGAAGGAGAAAGAAGAGACGGAGGCUUUGUAAAGGAUCCUCAGAAAGGCAUCGAAAGACGAAGUGGAAAAGACCCGGGAAAAGAAUCUCGCGAAGACACUGACAGGCACACCUGUAAAGACAUGCGCGGAAAAAUAUGUAAAAGCUUUUCUCUCAGCAGGAACAGCCAUGAAUCCAAUAAAGACCCUCAGAACUGCAUGCACAAUAGAGGAAGCUACUCCACGGAGGAGGAAAACCAACCUGGGGAACAGACUCACCACAACCAUGGAGAGUCACUCAAACGUGAUGACAGAGUAGAGACAAUUAAAGCGAAGAAUAAAACAAAGUCAAGUAACAAUUCCAGUGAAGAUACAACCUCCCACAGGGACCCAGACGGAGAAAGCAACUCCUCAAAUGAGGUGGCACCAAAACUGAGUUAUCAGGGGAGUCCAACAAAUGGACAGCAUAAACAACCAUACUUGGCAGACCGCUUGGAAGAGAGGGAAGAAGAAAAAAAAGAAAAAGGAACAAAAAAAAAGGCUAAAUCUGUAAGUACUAGUAGUUCCAGUGAUGUAAACUGUGGAGGAGUGACUCAUGAGGAAGCAAGAGACAAAACGUAUGCAGAAAGAGAGUCACCACCUGCAAAAAAGGUACACCGAAAAAGCAACAGCAAUAAUGGCAGCAAUAGUAAUAGAGAGAAGGGCUCUUCGCAAGGGACGGAGGAGGAAAGCUGCUCCUGCACCUUCGGGACAAAAAGAAAACGCACAUGUCUAUCCACCACUGCAAGUAACACAAACAGCACCCAGAUGAUGGACCAUCUCCAAAGUGGUGAAACAGAAAAUGAUAACGGAGUGAAUACAAAGAACAAAUCCAGCAGUAGUACCAUCGAGAAGGAGAAUAAAUUUCAUUUAAAGGAGGACUUGGAAUUGCGCUACCUCAGCGGAUGUGAUAAUGCAAAGGGGGGAAACAACUUCGACUCGGGGGAAGACCGCAUUGGUGGUAAUGCCAACUCGUCCAGCAGGACUAGCAGCACCUAUAGAAGAUGCAGAAAGAAACACAAGCAAAGAUAUUUACACGGAGGGAAGAGAAAAAAAAGAAUUAAUGAAAGCCAUUCAACUGAUAGGUCCACCACGGGGGACAAGAAAAGUAUUCGUACUAUAUCGAAGGAGAGAAAAAGCGGGAAAACUGAGAAUGCACACCGAAGAAUGAUGAAGGACGGACGAAGAAACCGAGGCAGAAUAACCUUAAGCAAAAGUGAGAGUAGAGAUGGAUCCAACGGGGGAGGAAAAAUCAACGCGGGAAGGGAAACCACCGCUGGAGUGACAAACCGAGUUGCGACCGGUGGGGACGUAACACGGGAAGGAUAUGGAGAUAGUGCGGGUGAAUCCCUUGGAUCGGCAAAAUCACGGUGUGGAAAAGUAACAUCCCCUGCACCAGUAGCGAACUAA